AUGGCUGCCCAAGGACAGAAUCUCAUCUGUAAUUUUGACUCUAACUUAUGUUCCUGGACACAGAUAAAAAAUGACAAUUCGGACUGGAAGUUGAAGAGAGGAUCAACUACUACAUCAAACACAGGUCCUACAGGCGAUCAUACCUCUGGAAAUGGACAAUAUAUCUACUUUGAGACGUCUCAAGGAGCCAGUGGAUCUAAAGCCCAGUUAUCUAGUCCACAAUUUUCAGUGCCUAGAAGACCACCAUCAUGUUUCUCCUUCUGGUACCACAUGUAUGGAGACAGCGUAAACAACCUAAAUGUGUACCUCAAGUCAGGAAACAACUUGGGGAAACCAGUCUUUACAAAACAUGGUAACCAAGGAAACAAGUGGGUUCAGGCAAAAAUCAAUGUUAGGAACAAAAACAACAUUAAGGUUGUACUAGAAGCUGUAAAAGGACGUGGAUAUCGUGGUGACAUAGCAAUAGAUGAUGUCAUGUACACUCCUGGAAAACGAUGUCCACAAAACACUGCAACAGGUAACACAGGGAAUACAUCUAUCACCUGUAACUUUGAGGAUGAUGCACUGUGUGGUUACAAACAGCUUACAACUGACAAUUUUGAUUGGUCUAGAACGACUGGUACCACAUCUACAACAGGAACUGGUCCUUCUAAUGACCAUACAUAUGGCACACCAAAAGGUCACUACAUGUUUAUUGAGGCCAAUGGAAAAAGACGCAACCAGAAGGCUCGUCUGAUGUCACCACAGACCAUUACACUUGGAGACAAAUGUCUUCGCUUUUAUUACAACAUGCAUGGUGCUAACAUUGGAAGAUUGAAUGUAUAUGCGCAGGCUAACAAUGUUUUAGGAUCAGCAAUCUGGUCCAUGACAGCAGAACAGGGACAGGACUGGAGACUAGCACAAGUCACGGUCAGGAAGAGAGGAAACAGGCGUUAUAAUAUUGUAUUUGAAGGCGCAAGAGGAAAUUCUAAUACAGGAGACAUUGCAUUGGACGAUGUUUCAAUUAUCCCAGGAAGGUGUCCUGCAUCGGGAUCCUGUAAUUUUGAGAAAGAUUUAUGUGGUUGGACUAAUGUAGCUUCAGAUGAUUUUGACUGGAAAAGAAAUCAUGGACCCACAUCAAGUACAGGGACUGGACCCCCAUCUGAUCAUACACUGAGGAAUAGCAAAGGAACAUACAUAUAUAUUGAAACGAGUGCGCCUAGAGUUCCUAAUGAUAAAGCUCAACUGAGAUCGGAAACAUUCCCAAAUAACAAUGGAAACAAAUGUCUACAAUUUUGGUACAACAUGCUGGGAACACAAGUAGGAAAACUGAAUGUUUAUAUUGUUCAAAAUAAUAUUAAAACAUUGAAAUGGACUCUAAAUGGACAACAAAGUGGAACCUGGAAUCUAGGUAGACUUCCUGUUCCCAGAGUAAAGAACAGUUUCAGUUUCCUGUUGGAAGGAGUUCGUGGUACAGGAAUCAGAGGUGACAUAGCUAUUGAUGACAUUACAGUCACAAACACUAGAUGUACAUUGUCACCUAGCACUGCAGUGCCAUCUAAUCAAGGUUCUACAACUCCUACUCAGGCAACAACUUUGAGGACAACCAAAACACCAACAAGUAAGUCUCUUUUGCAUAUAUAUGGCAGAACAGUUAGCUGUAGUUUUGAUGCUGGUUUUUGUGGCUGGACACAGUUGAGAAAUGAUCAGUUUGAUUGGUCCAGGAAAAGAGGCAGGACAAAUAGUGGUGGAACUGGACCAAGCAGAGACCACACUAGCGGAAGUGGUUACUACAUAUAUACGGAAGCCUCAGCAAAAACAAUGAAUCAGACAGCACGUCUGCAGAGCGUACCUGUCAAACCAACCCGAUCAUCAUCCUCUUCAUGUCUGUCCUUCUGGUAUCAUAUGUAUGGACCUCAAAUUGGUGGACUUAAUGUCUACGUACAGCUAGGAGCAUCAAUGGGGUCACCUGUCUGGACCAGAAAAGGGACACAAGGGAACAAGUGGAUUAAUGCUAAGAUAACUGUCAGUCAAACAAGACAAUAUAGUAUCAUUAUGGAAGGAGUGAUAGGAAAUGGAUUCCGAGGAGAUGUAGCUUUAGACGAUGUGGCCUUGACAAAUGGAGCUUGUACUGGACAGACAAGUGCCCCAGGAACAGUGACCACUAUACCACCAUCAGGAGGAAUUGUACGAAGUUGUGACUUUGAGAACAGAAAUCUUUGUAGAUACACACAGGACAAAACAGACAAAUUUGAUUGGACCAGACAGGCUGGUACCACAUCAUCAACCAAUACUGGUCCUGCAAGUGACCAUACAUACGGAACAGGAAGAGGACAUUACAUGUUCAUUGAGGCUUCAGCUCCACGUAAAAGGGGAGAUAUGGCUCGAUUGAUAUCACCACGUUACAUUGACAGACAGGAUAUGUGUGUUCAGUUCUACUAUCACAUGUAUGGCACAGGAAUGGGAACACUCAAUGUGUAUGCUAAGACUGGUUCUCAACUUGGGCGAGCAUUGUUUUCUAUGACUGGUAACCAAGGAAACAGGUGGCAAUAUGGAAGUGCUACUGUUCCCUCAUCAACUGGAUCCAAAGGUUACUAUGUUGUAUUUGAAGGAGUUGUUGGUACAAAUGUGAGAGGUGAUAUUGCCAUUGAUGAUGUUAAGUUUACAGCGGGAGCAUGCUCAGGCAGUUCCUGUGACUUCGAAAAAGGAUUAUGUACUUGGACUAACACUCAUACAGGGGACCAGUUUGAUUGGACAUUAAAUCAAAGAAGAACCAGUAGUGCCAACACUGGACCCCAGGCUGAUCAUUCUUUGGGUACACCACAAGGACAUUAUGUGUAUAUAGAGACAUCUACUGGACGGGCAGGCUUUAAAGCUUGGUUAGUUAGUCAGCCUUUUACAUCUACCACUGGACGCUGUAUUAAGUUUUGGUACAAUAUGUAUGGUCAGGCUAUAGACACACUUACAGUUUAUGUUAAUGUCCCAGGACAACCAUUUGUUCCAAUAUGGCAGCUCUCUGGUAACCAAGGACAACAAUGGCAGAAUGGACAAGCUGCCAUACCUGCUCAGUCUAAGAGUUAUAAGGUGAUAUUUGAAGGUCGACGUGGAAAUGGAGCAUCAGGGGAUAUUGCCAUAGAUGAUAUCACCUUCUCUGAUUCCACAUGUGGAGUAAACCCACAGCCAGCAGGAUUGUUUACCACUCCAUCUGGUACUCUUAUUCCUUCCACCACUCCAAACACUGGUCCUUUCAACUGUAACUUUGACCAGAAUCUAUGCAGCUGGACCCAGGAUAAAACAGAUAAUUUUGAUUGGACAAGAAAGACAGGAAGCACUCAAACAGCUAAUACUGGACCAACAUCAGCCCAUGGAGGAAGAGGUUCAUAUAUAUACAUGGAAGCAAGUAACCCUGCCAAACCCGGAAACAAAGUGCGUCUAGUCAGUCCACAGGUAGCACCAAGUUCAACUGGUCACAAAUGUGUUACCUUCUAUUAUUUCAUGUAUGGUCGCCAUGUUAACCAGUUAAAUGUUUAUGUACAGACAGGAUUAUCUUUCCCUGGAAACAAAAUAUGGACACAACAAGGAACAAAGGGAAGACAGUGGAUUAAAGGAACUGUUGAUAUCUCAUCUAAAUCACAAUUUAAUGUUAUUUUUGAAGCAGUAAGAGGAUCUGCUUACCUUGGAGAUAUUGCCCUUGAUGAUAUAUCUAUGGCAGAUGGACCAUGCAGUUCUGGUAACUAUGGUUAUGUUAAUUUCAUCAUCAUAAUGAUACAAAUAAGCCCACAAACUGGAGGAAAUGUCAGUUGCAAUUUUGAACCUUCCAAUCUUUGCGGCUUCACACAAGAACGAAGAACUGAUGAUUUUGACUGGAGUCGUAGUACAAGGACUACAUCCUCUUCUGGGACCGGACCUAAUAAUGACCACACUUAUAAAACAGCUGCAGGACAUUACAUGUACAUCGAAGCAUCAGGGAAGUCUGCUAACAAGAAAGCCAGACUGAUCUCUCCAAUAUACAGAGGCCCUUCACAGACCAUGUGUAUGGAGUUCUGGUAUAACAUGAAUGGUGCUAACAUUAACACACUUAAUGUUUAUGUACUGAGAAGUGGUGUUAGGGGAAAUCCUGUAUGGACCAAGAAAGGUAACCAGGGCAGCUCAUGGAAUGUAGCCUCUCUAAAUGUACCACAAGGAACAUCAGCAUAUCAGAUUGUAUUUGAAGGAAUUACAGGAAAUGGUUUCCGUGGUGACAUAGCCAUUGAUGAUUUCUCAAUGUCACAAGGGGCUUGUUCAGCUGAAGGAACUUGUGAUUUUGAGAUUGGUUUAUGUACAUACACAAAUGACCACAGUGGUGCUGACAAUUUUGAUUGGGUUCGUCAUAAAGGAAGGACUUCAAGCUCUGGUACAGGACCAACAACUGAUCAUACUAAAGGCACUGCACUAGGCUAUUACGUGUACAUUGAAACAUCUUCCCCAGCAAGACCUGGGUUCCAGGCUAGACUGAUUAGUGAAAGCUUGAAUUAUGCCACACACAACUGCUUGACCUUUUAUUACCAUAUGUAUGGUUCUACAAUUGGAACGUUAAGAGUAUGGACCCAGUUACAAGGAACCAGCAACCCACUUCCUGUCUGGGAAUUACAUGGGAACCAAGGCAAUAGUUGGAUGAAAGCACAAGUUUUGAUACCAAAGCAGGGAGGAGACUAUAAGCUUAUAUUCCAAGGUAUCCGAGGCCGUUCAGUCCAAGGAGAUAUAGCUCUAGAUGAUAUUACUGUAUUAGCUAACAGUAAUUGUCCAAGGACACCAUCCAAUUCCCAGCCAACUGUUACCCAAGCUCCAACAACAACACUUGCGACAACCAAACCGGCAACACAGAAAGUAACAACUCUACCGACAACAAUGCCAACAACUAAGGGUACAGGUGGCAGUAAGUUUAGUUGUGACUUCAGCUAUGAUACGUGUGGCUGGAAUCAAGAUAAGACAGAUAACUUUGAUUGGACUCGAAACAUUGGCAAGACACCAUCAACAAGUACUGGUCCAAGUUCUGACCACACCAACGGAAAGGGCUACUACAUGUAUAUUGAGACUUCUGGUCGUAAUAGUAAACAAAAGGCUAGACUGAUAAGCCCACCGGUCACUCUGCAGAGUGGACAAAAGUCCUGUGUUACAUUCUGGUAUGACAUGUUUGGUGCACACAUAGACUAUCUUAAUGUUUAUGUCAGAAAUACAUCAACUAGACAACUUGGUACAGCAGUCUGGUCUAGGAGAAAGACUCAAGGAAAUAGAUGGAUACAGGGACAGUUAACAAUCACUGGUCCUGGACCAUUAAAUGUGGUUAUUGAAGGAACUAAGGGAAUAGGUUACCAAGGAGAUAUAGCUAUUGAUGACAUUGCAAUACAGUCAGGAGCUUGUGGUGGACCUACAGUUUCUCCUACUGGUCCCACUGGAUCUGGUAGCCUGUCAACAUUGGGUUGUAAUUUUGAAGUAGGGCUUUGUUCCUAUACACAAGGUACAAGUGAUAAUUUUAAUUGGACAAGGAAGAGAGGAAAAACGUCAUCAGCCAAUACUGGACCUGCUGUAGAUCAUACUAGGGGAACCACUAGUGGAUACUAUGUUUACACUGAAGUCUCAUCACCAAGACAACCUGGACAAAAGGCUCGUCUCUUGUCAUCACUUCAGAGCUCAUACAUAAAACCAGCCUGCAUGACAUUUUGGUACCAUAUGUAUGGUAGUCAGAUUGGUACUCUCAAUUUGUACUUGAAACAAGGUCAGUCAAGCAGUCUAGGGUCUCCUAUUUGGACAAGGAAAGCCAACCAAGGAAACAGCUGGAAUAUUGCUCAAGUAUCACUGAAUCCAUCAUCAGCUUAUCAGAUUGUAUUUGAGGGAGUAAGAGGAAAUGGUGUGAGGGGAGAUAUUGCUAUAGAUGAUAUCAGUGUUCAACCAGGAUCAUGUACACCGGAAGGUGCAUGUAAUUUCGACACACGUUCAUUGUGUUCAUGGAGUAACCGACAAGACGAUGAUUUUGAUUGGAGUAUACAACACAAUGGGACACCAAGUACUGGAACAGGUCCAUCACGGGAUCAUACACAAGGGAAUGCCAAUGGGUUCUAUGUGUAUAUAGAAACAAGUGCUCCAAGAAAAGUUGGACAAAAAGCCUUCUUACAGAGUCCAACCUUCCCUCCCAAUAACAAUAGUCCACAGUGUUUCAAAUUCUGGUACAACAUGAAUGGAAGAUUGAUGGGAACACUCAAUGUUUACUUAGCAACAAAUAUGACAGCAUCUUCAGUAACAAAAAUAAAACUGUGGACACUAACAGGAGCACAAGGAACAGCUUGGAAUUCAGGCCAAUUUACAGUUCAAAGUUCAACUGGAUAUCAAAUUGUUUUUGAAGGGAUUGUAGGAGGAGUAGUUUUGGGAGAUAUUGCUCUGGAUGAUUUGUCAUUUGUCAAUGGCAAAUGUGGAACCUCUCCAUCCAAAGCGAGGCCAUCAUCCUUGUCUACAACAGUGCCACCUACCACAGCAGCGACUACACCUAUUGUGGCAACAUCAGUUGGUGGUGCUUUUAAUUGUAAUUUUGAGAGUAAUACCUGUGGCUGGUUACAAGCUGCUGGGGAUACCCGAGGGUUUGAUUGGAUCAGACAUCAGGGUAGGACAGCCUCGGGUGGUACAGGAGCAUCAUUUGAUCACACUACUGGACAUGGAUAUUACAUGUACAUUGAGACAUCAGGUAGGAGACGUCUUGGAGACAAGGCUCAUUUGGAAAGUCCAACAGUUUCUGCUGAUCCAUCAACCAAAUGUCUCCGAUUCUGGUAUCACAUGUAUGGUGCUACAGUUGGUCAGUUGAAUGUUUAUCUGAGAGCAGGAGCUGGGCUUGGUCCUGCAAUCUGGACCAGGAGAGGAACCAAGGGCAAUAAAUGGAUCCAGGGACAAGUUGUUAUCAACAAGACCUCGGAUUUUACGGUAAUAUUUGAAGGCGUAAGAGGAAGGAGUUACCAAGGAGAUAUAGCUAUUGAUGAUGUUUCAAUGAAAAAUGGGGAUGAUUGCUCAGGUAACACAGCCACAGUACCUACUUCCUGUAAUUUUGAAGAUGCUCUUUCCAAAUGUCAGUACACCCAAGAUACAACAGAUGAUUUUGAUUGGACAAGAAAGUCUGGUGGUACAGCCACAAGAGGUACAGGGCCGUCUGCUGAUCAUACUUAUGGAACAAGAACAGGACAUUAUAUGUACACUGAGGCCUCUGUGCCACGGAAACCAGGACAGAAAGCACGUCUUCUGACUCCACAAUAUUCAGCAAUAAAAACUCCACAAUGUCUGACCUUCUACUACCACAUGUUUGGUAACAAUAUUGGAUCUCUCAAUGUCAAGGUUAAAGUCAAUAAUGCACUUGGAAACAAUAUUUGGACAAAAACUGGUAACCAAGGCAACUCCUGGAAUAUAGCCCAAGUAACACUUCCUGUCACAACAGUCAGUCAACCAUAUCAGGUUGUAUUUGAAGGUGUCAGAGGUAAUGGUUACCUUAGUGAUUUGGCUAUUGAUGAUGUCAAAAUAACAUCAGGUGCUUGUACUUCCCCAGGUGCCUGUAGUUUUGAGAGUGGUUUAUGUACAUGGAAGAACGUCCAACAAUUAGAUGAUUUUGAUUGGGUAUCUAGGAAAGGAGCUACAUCAUCAGGUCAUACAGGUCCUAGUGGUGAUCAUACUCUUGGAAAUUCUAGAGGAACCUACCUCUAUCUGGAGGCAUCAGCACCUAGAACUCAAGGAGACAGGUGUUGGUUGCAGAGCCAGAACUUUGCUCCUACAAAAGGCUCCUGUGUCUCAUUCUGGUACAAUAUGUAUGGUCCAAAUAUUGGUACAUUGAGUGUUUACGCUCUAUAUUCUACUGGUACUAAUCUCACAUUAUGGACACUAAGUGGUGAUCAAGGGAACACUUGGAAAAAUGGGCAGGCACCAGUUGCAUCAGGAGUAUCAUUCACAAUAAUAAUAGAAGGACGGAGAGGAAAUGGUUACGCUGGUGAUAUAGCCUUAGAUGACCUUAGUGUAUCCAGCUCAUCUUGUGGAGUUCAACCAUCCAAUGCCCAGCCAGGCAACCAGACAGGAACUGUCCCUCCACCAUCAACAACUGGAGGCACAACACAAGCACCCGGACAGUUUGACUGUCAGUUCGACUAUGGACCAUGUGGAUGGACAGAGGACAAAACUGAUAAAUUUGACUGGAUCAAACGGAGUGGAGGAACACCAACAGUAGGAACUGGUCCAACAGGGGACCAUACAUCAGGAACUGGAGCAUAUUAUUAUGUUGAAUCAUCAUCCCCAAGAAAAAGAGGUGAUAAAGCCCGAUUUAUCAGUCCUCUACAGGUGGUGUCCAGUAGCAGCUCACCAUAUUGUGUAACUUUCUGGUACAACAUGUAUGGUGCUCAUGUUAACACACUUAAUGUUUAUCUGAAGUAUGGAAGUAACUUAGGGUCACCAAUAUUCACUAAGCAGGGAUCUCAAGGACAGCCAUGGAAACAAGGACAGGUCACAAUACAACCAACAGCUCCGUACAAUAUUGUAUUUGAAGGAGUAACAGGUAUAAGUUAUAGAGGAGACAUUGCCAUUGAUGAUGUAAAGCUUGGACAAGGUCCAUGUAUAGCCUCCAGCCUACAGCCAGCUACAUGUAAUUUUGAAAAUAACAAUAUAUGCAGUUACUCCCAGGAAAAGACACAAGAUAAUUUUGAUUGGACAAGAGCUUCAGGUAGAACAGGGUCAACUGGUACCGGUCCAAGUAGUGAUCAUACUUAUGGAACCAGUAAUGGACAUUACAUGUACAUUGAAGCAUCAGGCAGACGACCAGGUGACAAAGCUUGGUUAAUGUCCCCACCAUCAGGGUCAUCUACUGACAACAUGUGUGUAGAGUUUUGGUAUAACAUGUAUGGAGCACAAACAGGAACUCUUAAUGUCUAUCUGAAGAAAAAUGGAGCCAAUGGAACACCUGUUUUCACCAAAACAGGUAACCAAGGUAAUAGAUGGAUUCGUGCACAAUAUAAUAUUGCUCCAAAUUCUGGUAACUUCCAGUUAGUGUUUGAAGGUAAAAGAGCUAAUGGAUACCAAGGAGACAUAGCAAUUGAUGAUGUCAAGGUCAAGACUGGAAAAUGUGGAUCUGGAAACCUAGAUGGUAGCUGUAACUUUGAGUUAGAUUUAUGUUCCUGGAGUAACUUACAUGGAAGUGGAGAUAAUUUUGAUUGGGUCAGAGCAGCUGGUACAACUACAUCUACAGGAACAGGACCGUCUGCAGAUCAUACGUAUAAUAACAGCACAGGUAAAUAUCUGUAUGUAGAAAGUUCAUCGCCAAGACGCCCAGGUGACAUAGCAGUACUUCAGAGUGCCAUGUUCCAACCUAUGUCUCGUGUUUGCUUUUCUUUCUGGUAUCAAAUGUAUGGCAGUAAUAUUGGAACUCUCAGAAUCCUGCUACUAAAAUCGAAUGGCAAUGCAACAGCAACAAAGAUAUGGGAGUUGUCUGGUAGCCAGGGAUCUCAGUGGUAUCAAGGAAAGGUACCACUUUCAAGUGGGAAUGACCCGUUUCAGCUGUUAAUUGAUGGCAUUAGAGGAAAUGGUUACCAAGGAGAUAUUGCAAUUGAUGACCUAUCUAUUACCCAGUCAGGUUGUGCACUUACACCAAGUCAAGCUGUACCUACUACUGCAGUGCCAUCUACCACACAGGCUGUCACAUUUGGAGCUAUGCCUCCAUCUUUCAACUGUAAUUUUGACACUGAUUUCUGUGGUUGGAAUCAAGAUCACAAGACUGACAAUUUUGAUUGGAUAAGGUAUCGUGGAUCUACCCAAUCAGCUGGCACAGGUCCAGCCAGUGACCAUACUUCUGGGACUAACAAAGGAUAUUACAUAUUUAUUGAAACAUCAGCACCUCGUAGACCAGGUGAUAAGGCCCGUUUGAUUAGUCCUUCCAUUGCUGGUAAUUUCCCUCAGUGUGUUACAUUCUACUACCACAUGUAUGGUAUCCAUGUCAAUGCUUUGAAUGUUUACUUAUCUACUGGCACCAACAGUAACUUAACCUCACCUAUCUGGUCCCGACAAGGAACACAAGGGAACCAGUGGAAAAUGGGACAGUUCCAGAUUGCUGGAGAUGCAACCACUCAGUCUGUAACAAAUGUGGUAUUUGAGGGUGUAAGAGGAACUAGUUAUAAAGGAGAUAUUGCCAUUGAUGAUAUGACCUUGACAGCUGGAAGUUGUAAUCAAGUAACUCAACCACCUCAAUCAACUCCAACUACAGUAUCUUCACCUAUCAAUUGUAAUUUUGAAAGCAGCAAAAUCUGUAACUACUUCCAAGAUAAAUCAGAUAGAUUUGAUUGGUCAAGGAAUACUGGUUCUACCAGGUCUACAAAUACUGGACCAUCUGCUGACCACUCCUAUGGAACCAGACGAGGACAUUACAUGUACACUGAAGCUUCAGCACCUAGAAGAAGAUUAGAUGCUGCAAAACUAUGGUCCCCAGUAUUUCUGCCACAAAAUGGACAGUGUUUGUCUUUUUGGUACAACAUGAAUGGACGUAGCAUGGGAACAAUGAAUGUGUAUGCUAACAACAAUGCUACUGGGAGACCACAGCUAGGAAGACCAAUCUGGAGUCUGUCUGGUAACCAUGGCAACAGGUGGUACCAGCAAUUUGCUCAGUUACCCAUGGGAAAGCCAAUUAAUAUUGUAUUUGAGGGAAUAAUCGGAAAUGGUAUAGCUGGAGACAUGGCAAUAGAUGAUGUCCAACUGUCUACAAACUGUCCAAGUCCAGGAGAUUGUAACUUUGAGCUUGGACAAUGUGGGUGGAGUAAUUCCAGAACAGAUAAUUUUGAUUGGAUACUAUUCAGUGGAGCUUAUGGAGGAUCUAGACCACAUCCAACAGGAGAUCAUACAUAUGGCAGUUCAGUUUCAGUACCAUUGUGGAUUAGGUCAUAUUCUGACACCCCAGCCAGAUGGCAAGCAGGACAAUUUCCAAUUAUCAAUAUAAAUGGAUCCUACCAGAUUACCUUUACUCUCAGUUCACAGGGAGCAACCAAUAGUUAUGUCGCACUUGACGAUAUAACAUUUACUACAGGAGGUUGUCAAGUGAUACCUAUAGAUGCUAUGACAGGAAGUACAUUGCCACCAGUACCCACAGUAACAACAACAGUGGUGCCAUCUUCUGCACCAUCCCAAUAUGACUGUAACUUUGAGCAGGAUCUAUGUAGCUGGUCUCAGGUGACUAAUGGAGGGGAUCAGUUUGAUUGGACACGUUUCCAUGGUAGUACUGGUACUGCUGGAACAGGACCUACCACAGAUCACACUACAGCUGCUGGGUAUUAUAUCUACAUUGAGACAUCUAAUCCACGCAGACCCAAUGACAAAGCUCUGAUUGUCAGUGCAAACAUUGUAACCAAGACAACAAAAUGUCUGACAUUCUGGUACCACAUGUAUGGCUCAAAUGUCAAAGCACUGAAUGUAUACUUAAGAUUCGCCACAACAUUAGGAAAACCAGUUUGGACUCAUACUGGGACCCUUAGUAAUAAAUGGUACCAAAGUCAGGUAGAUAUCCAAGGAAACUCUACAUACGAGAUAAUGUUUGAAGGUGUCCGCGGAACUAGCUACAAGGGAGACAUUGCAGUUGAUGACAUCACUGUUAGGGAAGGAUCAUGUGCAGGAACAAUCAAUGGAGUAUGUACAUUUGAAGAUAGUAAAUUGUGUGGUUAUACUCAGGCUCAUGAUGAUGAUUUUGAUUGGACAAGAAAGAAUGGAAGAACAGCAUCUAGCAGCACAGGACCAUCAAAUGAUCACACAUAUGGAACAUCAGCAGGAUAUUAUGUAUACACUGAAACAUCUUCACCAAGACGAUCAGGCCAAAAGGCCCGUUUGAUUGGUGGUACCAACCCAACAACUUCAGGAGUAUGUUUGACUUUCUGGUACCAUAUGUAUGGUAGAACAAUGGGAACAUUGAAUGUAUAUGCCAUGAUAGGUGGAGCAUUAGGUACACCUAUUUGGUCAAAGAUUGGAAACCAAGCUAACAAAUGGCAGAAUGCUCAAGUUACUGUCACUUCACAAGGAUCUUGGCAGGUUGUCUUUGAAGGAAUUAUAGGAAAUCCAGUGUAUAGUGAUAUUGGUAUUGAUGAUGUCCAGAUUACCCAGGGGGCAUGUGGUAACCCUGGUGAUUGUGAUUUUGAAAAAGACACUUGUAAUUGGGUUAACACAAAUUCAGGUGACCAGUUUGAUUGGCUGAGACAGAAAGGACAAACUUCCAGUACCAGAACAGGACCAAACUUUGACCACACAAUAGGUUCUUUGUUAGGACAUUACAUGUACAUUGAGUCCUCAGCACCAAGAGUGAAAGGAGACAAGGCUUGGCUGAUCAGUACCAGUUUCCCAUUCUCACAGAAUGCAGCUUGUAUGCAGUUUUGGUAUCACAUGAGUGGAAAUGGAGUUGGAGCUUUGAAUGUGUAUGUCAAUGAUAGUGCUUCCAGAACAUGGCUAUGGACAUUAUCUGGUAAUCAAGGACAACAGUGGGUACAAGGUCAAGUACCUAUCCCCACACAAACAUCAGCAUAUCAGCUAACAUUUGAAGGAAUAAGAGGCACAAACUACCAAGGUGACAUUGCCAUUGAUGAUGUAACAGUCACACAAUCAUCUUGUGGAUAUAAUCCAAGAAAUGCCAAUCCAAAGAUAGCACCAACAACCACACCACUACCAGCAUCAACAACUAACCCUCCAUUUGUAUCCCAGUCUGCAUAUGAUUGUAACUUUGAAAAUAACCUUUGUACCUGGACCAAUUUGAAGGAUGAUAAAUUUGAUUGGUCGAGAGCUCAGGGACCAACUGGUUCAGCAUUAACAGGACCAACAAAUGACCAUACUAAAGGAACAGGUCAGGGAUGGUACAUGUAUAUUGAAGCAUCAGCCCCAAGAAGAUAUAAUGACAGUGCCCAUCUGGCAUCAGCCAAUGUUCCAGCCAAUCAGCAGCAGUGUUUACAGUUCUGGUAUCACAUGUAUGGACCAAACAUCAACAUGCUCAAUGUCUAUAUCAAGAUUGGAAGUAAUUAUGGCAAUGCUCUAUGGACAAGACAAGGUACUCAGGGUAACAGUUGGAAACAAGGACAGGUUCAGGUACCAGCACAGACAUCUCAGUACCAGGUCGUGUUUGAAGGACUUGUAGGAAGAAGUUACCGUGGUGAUGUAGCUAUUGAUGAUGUCAAAAUGAUAGCAGGAACAUGUCAGGCAGCAGGUGGUCUAGCUUGUAACUUUGAAGGUUCAUCUCUUUGUGCUGGAUGGACCCAGGAUAAGACAGAUGUAUUUGACUGGACACAACAGAAGGGUAGUACAGGCUCAACAAAUACUGGACCCAAAUUUGACCACACUUUUGGAACAUCUGCAGGAAAAUAUGUGUAUAUAGAGACAAGUGCUCCUCGUGUGUCAGGUGACAAAGCCAGGUUAAUCAGUCCACAAGUGACCUUCACGCAACCUACAUGUUUACAAUUCUACUAUCACAUGUAUGGACAAAAUAUUGGUACAUUGAAUAUUUAUCUAAAGACUGGUUCAACAUUACCUAUAAAUGCUGUAUGGAGCAAGUCACUUAAUCAGGGGAACACCUGGAUCAAAGGACAAGUAACUAUACCAUCAUUUUAUACUAUUGAACAGGUUGUGUUCGAGGGUAUCCGUAGAAAUGGUGUACAGGGUGAUAUUGCAUUAGAUGAUAUUAGCACUAUAGCGGGAGCUUGUCCUAUCACAGGGGACUGUGAUUUUGAGAGUGGACUUUGUACUUGGACUAAUGUUCAUGCAGGAGAUAACUUUGACUGGAUCCUUGGGAAAGGCAGAACAUCUAGUACUCUCACAGGACCUAGUGCAGAUCAUACAAAGGGAACCAGUGCAGGUCAGUAUAUAUUUAUUGAGGCAUCUAACCCUAGACGUCCAGGUGACAGGGCACAACUUCGUAGUCAGUUGUUUAAUCCUUCAUCAGCUAGAUGUAUAAACUUCUGGUACAACAUGUAUGGUCCCAACACUGGAAACCUCAGAGUAUGGAUACAGCCACAGAAUGGUUCUAAUUUCAAAGUGUGGGAUCUACAAGGUGACAAAGGGGCUACAUGGCUUCAAGGAAGGACCACAUUCUCCAGCAAAGUACCAUUCUAUUUGAUAAUUGAAGCAGUUAGAGGAAAUGGUUACAAAGGAGACAUAGCUGUGGAUGACAUCACUUUAACCAAUACAGGCUGUCCUACUCUGCCACCAGAGGCGUCCUCAUACGUACCAACAACACCUGUACCAUCCUCCACUGUAAUGACCACCCCAGGGAUUGCUACACCUUAUGAUUGUAACUUUGAGAGUGGAGGAAUUUGUAGAUGGACCCAAGACAAGACUGACAUAUUUGAUUGGACAUUUAGUAGUGGUCCAACUGGCACAGGAAAAACUGGUCCUACCAAUGAUCACACUUUCCAGAAUGGAACAGGUCACUACAUUUUCAUAGAGAGUUCUUCACCCAGACGACCCAAUGAUACUGCCAGAAUUAUCUCCCUUAAUAUUAAUCCAACCAGGGGAGCUUGUGUAACCUUCUGGUACCAUAUGUAUGGUGCUCACAUCAACACACUUAAUUUGUACACAAAACAGAAUGGACAACUGGGUUCUUCAAUCUGGACACACACUGGUACACUUGGUAACCGUUGGAACAAGGCACAAGUCAAUAUUGUCAGUCAGACUCCAUUCCAGAUGGUAUUUGAAGGAGUUAGGGGUACCAGUUAUCAGGGAGAUAUUGGAUUGGAUGAUAUUUCAUACUCAUUCUCACCCUGCUCUGCAACAACAUCGUCCUCCACGUGUAACUUUGAAAAUAUCAAGAUCUGUGGGUAUAAACAGUCUACAGUGGACACUUUUGAUUGGACUAGGUCUGCUGGUCGUACAGGAAGUAGAGGAACUGGUCCCUCCUCUGAUCAUACUUAUGGAACCAAUGCUGGACAUUACAUGUAUACAGAAGCUAGUGCACCAAGACGUCCAGGAGACAAAGCUGUUCUAAUGAGUGCAAGAUAUCCCAUAACAUCUGGAUCCUGUCUGUCAUUCUAUUAUCACAUGUACGGAACUCGUAUGGGAACAUUUAAUGUAUACAUUCAGCAACUGUUUUCAACAAAGAAAAUUUUUACCAAAACUGGUAACCAAGGCAACAAAUGGAUUCUGGGACAAGCUACAUUACAGUCAACAACUAACUUUACCUUGUUAUUUGAGGGAGUCAUGGGAGCCGGUUACGACAGUGAUAUAGCUAUUGAUGAUGUAUCUAUUUCAAGUGGAGGCUGUUCUCUGCCAGGAAAUUGUGACUUUGAAAAAGGUUUUUGUUCUUGGAAUAAUAUAAAAGGAGACCAGUUUGAUUGGUUGGUUGGAACAGGAAAGACCGCCUCACGAUAUACAGGACCAACGGGUGAUCAUACAGUUAAUGAUGGUUCUGGAUCAGGACACUACUCCUUCAUUGAAUCAAGUGCACCCAGAGUAAGUGGAGACAAGGCAUGGUUACAGAGUCCUCAGUUUAAUCCAAGCCCAAACAAGUGUUUACACUUUUGGUAUCAUAUGCUUGGAAGGGGAAUUGGAACUUUGAAUGUACUGGUACAGAUAUCCAACUCUAAUCAGACUGUAUGGAGUCUCAGUGGUAAUCAGAAUGACCAGUGGAACUCAGCUCAAGUCAAUGUAGUUCUACCAUCUCGCAUGCCUUACACAGUAAUCUUUGAAGGAAUUAGGGGAUCAAGUUAUUCAGGAGAUAUUGCCAUUGAUGAUGUGUCCUUUACAUUAGAUGCAUGUACAUUACAACCAAGCAAUGCUAACCCAAGUACACAAUCCAGUACUACUGUCAUGACAACCAUUCCACCAUCUAUUGGAACUACACCACCACCAACUCAGUAUGAUUGUAACUUUGAAAACACCCAGCAACCACUGUGUCAAUGGCAGCAGGAUAAAACAGACCAGUUUGACUGGACCCGUGCACAAGGUCCAACUGGUUCCUCUUUAACUGGUCCUACUGUUGAUCACACUACUGGCACUAGAAAUGGAUGGUAUAUUUACAUUGAGGUGUCAGGUCGUCAUAGUGUCAAUGAUAAAGCCAGGAUUGUCUCCCCUAGUAUCAGUGACUCUCAACAAAGGUGUCUAAGCUUUUGGUACAAUAUGUAUGGUGUUCACAUCAACACACUUAAUGUGUAUGUGCAGGCCUCUGGUAAUCUGGGACCAACAUUGUCCAACCCAGUAUGGACACGCAAGGGAACACAGGGAAACCAGUGGAAACAAGGCAAAGUACCAAUUAACCCUGCAGGAUCUUACCAGGUGAUAUUUGAAGCACUCCGUGGAACAAGUUACCGUGGUGAUAUAGCUAUUGAUGACAUCAGAAUGGCUAUUGGUUCAUGUAAUACAGCAAGCACCACAAGUACAUCUUGUAGCUUUGAGAAUGACCAGUGUGGAUAUGUAAACAAUGUUACUGACACAUAUCACUGGAAACGACAGGCAGGAGGUACACCAAGUAGUGGGACUGGACCGUCUGCUGACCAUACCCUUGGUACAAGACAGGGACAUUAUGUGUACAUGGAAUCAUCAUCUCCAAUGAGACCAAAUCAGACAUCCCACCUCAUCACACCAUCUUACCCAGCAAAGGCUAAUUCUCCACAGUGUUUGAAAUUCUAUUAUCAUAUGUAUGGACGUAAUGUAGGAGCUUUGAAUAUCUAUAUGAUGAACACUGGAUCACAACAGGCAGGCAGUUCUAUCUGGAACAGAAACUUCAACCAAGGAAAUAAGUGGCAGAUUGGACAAGUUGCUCUAUAUCCUACACAAGCUUUCCAGAUUGUAUUUGAGGGUGUUAGAGGAAAUGGUUACCUAGGAGAUAUAGCAAUUGAUGAUGUCUCAAUUUCUGCUGGAUCUUGUAACGCACCAGGAUUCUGUGAUUUUGAAAAAGACACUUGUAGUUACCAAAAUCUUCAAACAGAUGAUUUUGAUUGGUUGAGACACAGAGGAAGGAGUGCUAGUUCCUCUACUGGUCCCAGCACUGAUCACACCAAAGGAAACAGUCUAGGAUACUACAUGUACAUUGAAACAAGUAAUCCCAGAGUGGCAGGCAAUAAGGCAAGAUUUGCCAGUGAAGUUUUCCCGCCAAAACAGACUGGAUCCUGUUUUGUAUUCUGGUAUCAUAUGUAUGGAGCAGAUGUCGAUACACUGAACAUUUACAUUCUUCUUAACCAAACGUCAGAUACAAUAUCAACAGAAGCAUUGCUAUGGCAACAGAAAGGUGAUAAUGGUGAUGUAUGGUUGAAUGGACAAAUGAACAUCCCAACAAAAUACACAGCAAAACCAUAUCAGAUAUUGAUUGAAGGAGUUAGAGGAAAGAGUUACAAAGGUGACAUAGCUAUUGAUGACCUUGCCCUGAAUGAUGGAAGCUGUCAGACAUUACCUUCUGAUGCUGAUGUUUCUUCAUAUGGUGCUGGAAGUCCAUUCUGUGAUUUUGACACUAAUACAUGCAGCUGGACCCAAAGUGUUGCAGACCAAUUUAACUGGACCAGAAGUAAUGGAGGAACCCCAAGUAGUGGAACUGGACCUAUAGGAGAUCAUAGUGGAACAGGUUACUACAUGUACAUUGAAGCAUCAGGUCAGAGACUACGGAGCAGGGCUGUCCUUGUUUCACAGGUCAAUGCCCCAACACUGGCUGCCGGUAACUGUUUUGUUUUCUGGUAUCAUAUGUAUGGUCCACAAAUUGGUCGUCUUAGUGUGUAUACACAAUCACAAGGAAGAAAUGUUCAAAGAUGGACGAAAACUGGAACACAAGGAAACAAAUGGCAACAAGCUAGUUUUACUUUUACAAGUAAUACAGAUUAUCAGAUUAUGAUUCAAGGAAUGGUUGGAGCAGGUUGGGCAGGAGAUAUGGCUAUAGAUGAUGUUAACAUGGAUAGUGUCCCUUGUGUGAACUCUUCAUUGCCACUCUCUCUUUCCAACUCAACUUCCUGUAAUUUUGAGAAUGGAUUCUGUGGCUGGACACAGGACAAAACGGAUGACUUUGAUUGGAUGAGACAUGCUAAUACAACAGGUACAGCAGGAACUGGACCAUAUGCUGAUCAUACCACUGGUUCAGGAGCAGGGUACUACAUAUAUACUGAGGCCUCCAAUCCCAGACGACCAAAUGAUAAAGCAAGGUUACUUAGUCCAGUAUACCCACAGACUAGUGGAGAAUGUCUGAAAUUCUACUACAAUAUGAACGGAAGAACUAUGGGAACAUUCAAUAUCUACGCUGCUGACACAAGUGGCAACCUUGGUACUCCAAUAUGGUCAAGAUCAGGUAACCAAGGGAACAAAUGGAACUAUGGCGAGGUGACACUAAAAACUGCUGGUAGUUUCCAGGUUGUACUUGAGGGUGUUAGAGGAUCCAGUUACUCCAGUGACAUUGCUGCUGAUGAUGUCUCUAUUACUGCUGGUCCAUGUGCUCAACCUGGAACAUGUGACUUUGAAACUGGUUUCUGUGGAUAUUCAAAUGUUCAGCAAGGAGACCAGUUUGACUGGGAUAUGGGAUCUGGAAAAUCCCCAUCAUAUUACACUGGACCUAAUAAUGACCACACAAUAAAUUCUGCCAAAGGACAUUAUGUGUUUAUAGAAAGUAGUACUCCUCAAAACGUUGGUGACAAGGCUUGGCUUGUUAGUGAAUCAUUACAACCAACAACAGGUGCUUGUCUGACAUUCUGGUACAACAUGUAUGGAUCAGGCAUUGGAUCUUUGAAUGUGAUACAAACCACCACUACAUCAAAUAAAACUCUGUUUACUGAUUCUGGUAACAAAGGACAAGUAUGGCUGAAGGGACAGAGUGACCUUACAUCUAUUGGACAGUUUAAGAUAGUAUUUGAGGCAGUCCGUGGAUCUAAUUACAAAGGAGAUAUAGCCCUGGAUGAUAUCAGUAUCAAUGCUGGCAUAUGUUCUCUACAGACUACUGCUGGGGUCACUCAACCAACGGUUACACCUACUCAAGCUUCUCUCCAGUUCUGUACAUUUGAAAGUGGAUUGUGUGGAUAUGUACAGGAUACCACAGACACUCUGAACUGGAUUAGGAAAAACCGAGGAACAUCAAGUGUGGGCACUGGACCUAGUUUUGAUCAUACUACACUAAAUACUAAUGGUUAUUACAUCUAUAUUGAGGCCAGUAACAAUAGUAACAAGACAGCCAGGAUAAUCAGUCCUGGAAUAUCCACCACUGCAACUGUAUGUGUGUCAUUCUGGUACCAUAUGUAUGGAGCUCAUAUCAAUAAGCUCACAUUGUAUGCUCAACAGGGAAGAAGGAGAACUCUUAUGUGGCAGCAAACAGGUAACAAAGGAAACAAGUGGAUCAAUGGUAAAGUGGAUGUUAUUGCUAACACUGGAGACAAAGUGAUAUUUGAAGGAGCCACAGGAACCAGUUACCAAGGCGACAUAGCUCUAGAUGAUAUCUAUAUUUUGAAUGGACCAUGUCAGACUGCUGCAUCUGUGUGUGACUUUGAAACAUCAAGCAUCUGUGGAUAUCAACAAGCCAUUGAUGACAAUUUUGAUUGGUCUAGAGGAAAUAGUGGCACAUCUUCUAGUGGCACUGGACCACCAUCUGACCAUACGUAUGGAACAUCACAGGGACAUUACAUGUACAUUGAAUCCUCUGCUCCAAGAGUACAAGGUGACAAAGCCAGACUGUCAACUCCACAGCUGCCACCAACCAACAACAAAUGUUUGACAUUCUGGUACCACAUGUAUGGUAGUGAUAUAGGUACCCUGAAUGUGUAUGUCAGUACAUAUAACAGACUAGCUAGCCCACUUAUAACACUCCAGGGCAACAAAGGAAAUAAAUGGAAAAUAGGACAGACAACAAUCCAGUCUCAAUCUAACUACAAGAUUGUUUUCGAAGGAAUUAGAGGAGGUGGUUACAAAGGGGAUUUAGCUAUAGAUGACAUUAAAAUGACAGAUGGUGCUUGUGCUGGAACAGGAACAUGUAACUUUGAGAAAGAUUUAUGUGGCUGGGUACAAAGACAAGAUGACAAAUUUGAUUGGAUUAGAAGGAGAGGAAGUACACCCUCUGUUGGUACUGGUCCUCCUGGAGAUCACACACUGGGAAAUAAUGCAGGAAACUAUCUGUUUAUCGAAGCCAGUCGACCUAGAAAACAAGGUGAUAAUGCAAUUCUCCAAUCACAGAAUAUUCCUAAUGCAGAGUACUGCUUUAAAUACUGGUACAAUAUGAAUGGUGUUGGUAUAGGGGCACUCAAUGUGUCUUACAUGUACAGUGAUGGGACCAAAACAGUACUGAAAUCAAUAGCUGGAAACCAAGGAGCAAGUUGGCAGCAGGCAAUUGUACCAAUAAAAACAGCUUAUCAAGAUUUCUCUAUACUGGUUGAAGGAUCUGUUGGCAGUAGUUACAAAGGAGAUAUUGCUGUAGAUGACUUUGUCCUUGACCCCUUCAGUUGUAGUACAGAAGUACCAUCUAAUGGAACCUACAAUUGCCAAGAUGGAAAAGGGUCGACAAUACCAAAGAACAAAGUUUGUGAUUUCAAAAAUGAUUGCCCUAAUGCAAUGGAUGAGAGUGAUUGCGGAGCAUGCGAUUUUGAGACUGAUUUCUGUUCAUGGGCUACACUUGGAACUGGUUCCUUUACCUGGUCUAGGGGAGGCAAUCAAACUGCCACAGCCAAUACUGGACCAGCAUUUGACCACACAAUAGGGAAUUCAAGAGGUCACUACAUCUAUGUUGAUGCCAACCAAGGAUCAUUUACAAGUACAGCAGAAUUGGAUGGACCACUGUUACAAGCUUGCAGCUCUACCUGUCAACUCAAUUUCUGGUACCAUAUGUAUGGAUCAGGUAUUGGAACGCUGCGAGUUUUGAUUCAAGUUGGUAAUAAGUACACAGAGAUUUGGAAGCAAUCAAGAAACCAAGGCAACAAAUGGAUUCAGGGCAUAGUAGAUAUUGGUAGAGUAGCUCAACCAUUCAGUUUAGCAUAUAGAGCAAGCAGAACAUUUAAUGUGCGUGGAGACAUAGCUCUUGAUGACAUACAACUGAUGAACUGUAACUUCCCUGCAGUACAGCAAUCUUGUCUGUCCAGUCAGUUCAGGUGUACCAGAGGAGCUUGUGUAUCUAAAAAUACCCUGUGUGACUUCACUGAUGACUGUGGUGACAACAGUGAUGAAGGAAAUUGUGCUAACUUUCCUGGGAGAUGUGAUUUUGAAACCAGUCUGUGUGGGUGGAGUCAGGACACAACUGAUACGUUUGAUUGGAUAAGGGCCACUGACCAUACAGCUAGCGGUGGUACUGGACCAUCCAGAGAUCACACUAAAGGGACUGCUAAUGGAUAUUACAUGUUUAUAGAAUCAUCAAGACCCAGGAAGCCCGGUGACGUAGCAAGAAUUGUCAGUCCAACAAUAGCUAUCAAUACAAAUAAUCAAAACUCAGUCUGCACAUUCCGACUAUAUUACCACAUGUUUGGAAGUGGUAUUGGAUCACUGAAUGUCUACACCAGAACAGCUGUGGGAGGACCACUUAAAAAGAUAUGGACCAAGUCUGGAAAUGUUGGAGAUUUCUUUGAGAGGAGAGAUAUACAAUUACUUGAAAACAAUCCAUUCCAGGUGUUAGUAGAAGGUGUGGUCGGAAGUAGUUACAAAGGAGAUAUAGCUAUUGAUGAUUUGUCAUUCUCUGAUGGAUGUAUGCUGGUUUCAGCAGGUACAAUACCAACUGGCACCCCAGGACCAGCAACCACUCCUAAUCCAUGUGGAGCUAACAGUACUAGAUGUGUCAGUGGACAGAAAUGUAUACCUAAUUCCCAAUUGUGUGAUUUUACAUACCAGUGUGCAGACAAAUCUGAUGAGGCUAACUGUGGAUCAUGUACUUUUGAGAAAAAUCAAUGUGGUUGGCAAGAUUCCAGUACUGGACGUUACAAUUGGCAUAUCUUCCAAGGUUCUUCUCCAGGAACAGGAGGUCCAUCAAGUGAUCACACCACAAAUAAUGCACAAGGACAUUACAUGUUGGUGGAGGGAUCUACUGGGACCUUUUUCAGCAGAGCCUACCUGGACACACCUGUAUUCCAAGCCACUGCUGCAAGUUGUCGUAUCACAUUUUGGUACAAUAUGAACGGGGCUUUGGCAGGCAAUGUUCAGCUGUAUGUUGUCAACUCUAAUAAACCAACACAAAGAACUCUGAUCUGGUACAAGACUGGUUCCCAAGGCAGUGGAUGGAAGAAUGCCUCAGCGGACAUUGGUCAACUGGCAGCAGGUUACAAGCUAAGAUUCCAGGCCUUCCCUAACAAAGGAUUUGGUUCCUUGUCUAAUGUACCCAAUGGAGAUAUAGCUAUUGAUGAUGUGAAUUUUGUAGACUGUAGUCCUACACAGAUUUACACAGAUAAAAAUAUGAACUGUACAUUUGAAUCAGAUUUUUGUGGAUAUUUCCAAGAUACAAAAGAUGAUUUUGAUUGGACAAGAACUAAUCAAGCUUCACCAACCAGAGGGACUGGUCCAGAUAGAGAUCACACAACUGGAACAGGAUAUUAUAUCUAUAUCGAGACCUCUUCACCCAGACAUCGUGGUGACAGAGCUGUAUUAUCUACUGGUAUACAGCGACCAGCACCAAACUCAGUAUGUUUAACAUUCUGGUAUCACAUGUUUGGUUCCCAUGUCAACACACUCAAUGUCUACCAACAAACUUCUGAUGGAAACAAGUCAAUGAUCUGGACCACAUCUAAAACACAAGGAAAUGUAUGGAGAAAAGCCACCAGAACGGUUACCAGUCCAAUGCCAUUUAAGAUCCUGUUUGAGGGUAUUGUGGGUGUUAGUUGGCAAGGAGACAUAGCCCUGGAUGAUAUCAGCAUGGUUCAAGACAGGUGUCCACCAACAAGACUGUGUGACUUUGAAGCAGAUAUCUGUGAUUGGACACAGGAAUUGACAGCAGACCAGUUUGACUGGAAGAGAGAUAGGAAUGGUACCAGUUCAACUGGUACUGGCCCAUUGUAUGACCACACAACAGAAAGCCAGUAUGGUUAUUACAUAUACACUGAGGCUUCAUCACCAAGACGAUUAGGAGAUAAAGCCCGCCUUGUUAGUCCAAUGUUUAUUCCAAACUUAAGUGGAAAGGAAUGUCUGACUUUCUGGUAUCACAUGCAUGGUGUCAGUAUUGGCAAAUUAAAUGUUUACCUUAGACAACAGAACUACAACGACAAGAUUGUAUGGGUACAACAAGGAAAUCAACCAGAUCUCUGGUAUUAUGCUACUGUUCAACUCAAUCCAGUUCAAAAAUAUCAGGUCAUCCUGGAAGGAGUAAUUGGAAAUGGUUACCAAGGAGAUAUAGCUGUUGAUGAUGUGGCUGUGAUUCCAGGAGCAUGCCCAGCACCUGGAAAUUGUGACUUUGAAUCUGACACUUGUGGUUAUCUGAACACUCGUGUAGGUGAUCAAUUUGAUUGGUUAAGAUCAACCGGAGGAACUUUGACCCCUAAUACUGGACCAUCAGUUGAUCACACAACAGGCACAGAUCAAGGAUUCUACAUGUUUAUUGAAUCAUCAGGUCGUACCCGUGGAGAUAGGGCCUGGUUCUACAGUCAGUACUUCCCAAAAACAACUGGUUCCUGCUUCUCUUUCUGGUAUCACAUGUAUGGAGCAGAUAUUGGAGCAUUAAGACUUUACAAACCGGAUCAGACUCAAACACUUAUGUUAUGGAAUGCUACUGGAAACCAAGGAAAUGUAUGGAAACAAACACAAGUCUACAUCACCAGUCCUUCAAAAAUGUGGCAGGUGACCUUUGAUGGAGAAGUUGGAGGAGGAUAUGCUGGUGAUAUAGCUAUUGACGACAUUCAGGUCCAUACUGGAUUCUGUAACCAGACUGUUGCCACAACAACCAUGAUGCCAGCAACCACUGUUACAUAUGCUCCAACAAAUGUUGAUUGUAACUUUGAUAGUAAUACCAUUUGUCAGUGGACUCAAGACCAAACUGAUCAAUUUCAGUGGACAAUAAAAAGAGGAACUACAUCUUCUGUCUCAACAGGUCCUCCAUAUGACCAUAGUACACAGAGUUCAUCAGGGUACUAUAUUUACACAGAAUCAUCUGGAAGAAAACGAAAUGAUACAGCCAGAAUAAUAAGUCCGAGUGUGUUCAUAAUGAGCAGUGGAAAGUGUGUCAAGUUCUGGUACCAUAUGUACGGAGAAAAUAUAUAUCUAAUGAACUUCUAUGCUAAAUCAGGGACAACUCUUGGAACUCCAUUAUGGACAAAGCAAGGAAACCAAGGCAACCAAUGGGGAUAUGGACAGGUUUAUGUGACUCCACAUUCAUUGUCUUCUGUAUCAGGCCAGACUCAGGCAAAUGUUCAGUUUGUUUUUGAGGGUGUGUUAGGAUUGGGAUACAAAGGUGAUAUGGCUUUAGACGAUAUAUCAAUGAAUGAUGGACCUUGUCCACCAUCAAGCACCUGCAGCUUUGAGACAAUUGACCUAUGCGGAUAUACCCAGGAUUCAAGUGAUACACUUAAUUUUGAUUGGCUAAGAGCCUCAGGAAAAACAGCAUCAGCUAAUACUGGUCCCCAGUUUGAUCAUACUUAUGGUACUAAGGCCGGCUACUACAUGUACAUUGAGACAUCCCGUCCAAGGGUACCAGGUGAUAAAGCCAGACUAUUAACUCCCAAAUACCCAGCAACCAAUGGCAGAUGUCUAACAUUCUAUUAUCACAUGUUUGGUAAUGGUAUUGGCACAUUAAAUAUCAAAAUGUAUCAACAAGGACAGUUUGUACCACCAAUCUGGACCAGGAGCGGUAACCAAGGCAACAUCUGGAGGAUUGGACAAGUGAAUUUAGUAACAGCUUCUACCUAUCAGGUGGCGUUUGAAGCUGUUCGUGGUCGUACCUACUCAGGUGAUAUAGCUAUUGAUGAUGUCAAUAUUAUUGAUGGCAAAUGUCCCCCUCCUGGCAACUGUAACUUUGAGAAGGGACUGUGUACUUGGUCUAACGACAUAAUAGGAGAUGAUUUUGAUUGGAUUAGACAUCAGGGGAGAACAGUUAGUUCCGGGACAGGACCAACUGCUGAUCACACCAUAGGAAACCAGAAUGGAAAUUACCUGUACAUAGAGUCAUCUAAACCUCAGCUUCCAGGCCAGAAAGCUCGCUUACGGUCAGAAGUUCUACCUAAAACUUCAGGCAGUUGUUUUACAUUCUACUACCUAAUGCAUGGAAACACAAUGGGAACACUAAAUCUGUACAAGGAUACAAUAGGCUUACAAACAGUACCAAAUCAACAUUUCAGUCUUUUUUCUGUAACAGGGGACCAGGGACUACAGUGGGUCCAGGGAUCAGUUAACCUGACAAGUACACAAGAAUACACAUUGGCUUUUGAGGCAGUGAUUGGUAGUGGAUUUUCUAGUGAUAUAGCUAUUGAUGACAUCUCCAUACAGAGUGGAUUCUGUCCUGCAGUGCCACUGACCAGUAAAAUGUAUACUUGUACGGGUGGAUCUGCAAUCUCGGCCCUAAAAGUGUGUGACUUUGUCAAAGAUUGUCCCCAAGGUGAUGAUGAGAAAAACUGUGGAAACUGUACAUUUGAUGCUUCACAAUGUGGAUGGAUUGACUCAAGUGUAGGAUCCUUCAGAUGGACUAGACAUAACAAUGGAACAGAAACAGCCAACACUGGACCACAGAGUGACCAUACCACAGGAACAGCAAAAGGUUACUACAUGUACGUGGAUGCAAAUUUUGGCCGAACCUAUGCUUAUGCAACCUUACAGACUCCUACUCUACGGAAAUCAGCAGCAACCUGCCAGAUGUCCUUCUGGUAUCAUAUGUAUGGACGUUCUAUUGGAUCACUUACAGUGUCCAAGGUCAUUCAAAGUCAAUCUACUGUUCUACAGUAUUUUUCAAGAAAUAAGGGAAAUUCAUGGCAGCAAGCUACAAUAAAUAUUGGCAGAGAAUCAAGAGAUUUUAUAAUACAGUUCAAGGCUAGAAGAAGUUAUUCAGUUCUUGGAGACAUUGCUAUUGAUGAUGUUGCCUUCGUCAACUGUGGACUGCCCCCAAUACAAGCAUCAUGUGGUACCAAUCAGUUCAGAUGUCAAAGAGGUUCUUGUGUUGACAACACCCGACUUUGUGACUUCACUGACGACUGUGGAGACCAUAGUGAUGAAACACAGUGUUCAGGUUACCCCUCUCGAUGCUCUUUUGGCCAAUCGUUGUGUGAUUGGAGUCAGGGCAAGGGAGAUAACUUUGACUGGACAAGAAGAAACUCACCAACACCAUCAAGAGGCACUGGACCUACAAGAGACCAUACCACUGGACUGAGAACUGGAGGGUAUAUAUAUAUCGAAACAUCAAGUCCAAGGAAGCCAGGAGAUGUAGCUAGACUUCUAAGUACACCAUUCCAAGCAGUUUCAUCCAACUGUAACCUAGUCUUUUAUUUUAAUAUGAAUGGUAGAUCAGUAGGUAAUCUUAAUGUUUACAUGAGAACAAAUGGUGGCAGUACUCCAGUAACAAAACUUCUAACCAAGACAGGUAAUCGUGGGGAUAUAUGGGACAGAGCAAGUAUAAAUCUAAACAGUCAGUAUCCAUUCCAGAUUAUCAUUGAAGCAACAGUGGGUGGAAUUGUCUAUGGAGACAUAGCUAUAGAUGAUGUGGUGUUCAGUAAAGGAUGUAUCAAGGCAGGAAAUGUCAUCUUCCCAACAGCUGUUACGAUUCCAGCAACUGUGCCUACUCCUAGUCAAUGUUCAAAUGGACAAGGUAAUUUCAAAACUUGUGGAUCAUGUGACUUUGAGUCUGGAACUUGUGGCUGGACUGAUUUAAGUAAUGGAAGAUAUAAUUUUAGUCGACACUCAGCUACUCAAAACCAGGGAUCAAUAGUGGGACCCCCAGUGGACCACACCAAGGGAUCACCAUCUGGACACUAUGUAUUUGUAGAAGGUUCACAGGGAGUAUUCUUCAGUAAGGCGUUACUCCAGAGUCCACUGCUUCCCCCAUCAGCAAGCACUUGUGAGAUGUAUUUCUACUUUGACAUGUUUGGUCCAAAUGUUGGAACUCUGGUUGUCUCUGCUAAUAUAAAUGGAACAAUAACAAACUUAAAUGUAAUAAAAGGUAACCAAGGAAGAGGCUGGCACCUCGGAAAGGCAUAUAUUGGACAAAAACUUGGAACCAUCACUUCUCCAUUUAGAAUGCAACUUAGUGUCCUUCCUGCAAGGUCGUUUGUAGCCUCCACUACUGAUGAUGUUGGAAUUGAUGAUAUUUCAUUUGUAAACUGUGACCAGAAUGCAGCACCACCUAAUAUUAGUUGUAACUUUGAUAAUGGAAUAUGUAACUGGACCCAAGCUAUCGAUGAUGACUUCCAGUGGACCUUAAAGAGUGGUUCCACACCGUCCCCAGGAACUGGACCACCUUCAGACCAUACAUCAGGCAAGGGCCAAUACAUAUAUAUUGAAACAUCUUCUCCAAGGAAGAGAGGAAACAACGCUGUAGUAGACAGUCCAGUGAUGCCACCCACACCAGCCCAGGGUAAUUGUCUUUCAUUCUGGUACUACAUGUAUGGGCCUACUAUUGGAAAUUUACAAGUUUUUGUCACAACAUCAAGUAGAAGGACUCUUUUCUGGUCUAAAGCAGGAACACAAACCGACCAAUGGGUACAGGCCACCAGAACCAUUUCAUCAACAACAGAUUUCAAAAUGUCUAUUAUUGGAAGUGUUGGAAAAGGACCUCAGGGAGAUAUAGCAAUUGAUGAUCUAACCUACACAGCUGGACCUUGUCCAUUAAAACCAGGGUGUGACUUUGAAAGUGGUUUCUGUGAUUGGCAACAGAGUACUGCUGAUGAUUUCAAUUGGUCAAUAGGUGUAAAUGGUACAUCGUCAAGGGGCACUGGUCCCCCGUAUGAUCACACAUAUGGAUCCAUCUCAGGUCACUAUGCUUAUAUUGAAACUUCAGGACAACAACCUAAUAACAGAGCAGUACUAACAACUCCUACAAUUCAAGGACAGGCUAAGUGUAUGCAGUUCUGGUAUCACAUGUAUGGCAAGACAAUUGGAUCUUUGAAUAUCUACAUCCAAAAUAAUGGAUCACAAGCCCGUCAAAUUUGGUCAAGAACUGGAAACCAGCAAAACAUUUGGAGGCAUGGACAAGUCAACUUAAACAAUUAUGGACCUUAUACAGUUUUGAUUGAAGGGGUCAGAGGUCUUGGUUACCAGGGUGAUAUUGCCAUUGACGAUGUUGUGAUUACUGAUGGUUCUUGUUCUCCUGCAGGAACAUGUAAUUUUGAACAGGAUACCUGUGGAUGGACCAAUGCUAUAGUAGGAGAUGAUUUUGAUUGGCAGAGAGAUUUUGGUGGAACACGAAGUUCUAGGACUGGACCUAAUGUGGAUCAUACCCUAGGAACUGUUCAAGGUCAUUAUAUGUACAUUGAAACAUCAGGUUCUAGAAGAACCAUUGGUGAGAAGGCAUGGUUGGUCAGUGAUAUUAUGAAACCAAUAACCAGUGGUUGCAUGAAGUUCUGGUACCACAUGUAUGGAGCAGGUGUUGGAAAGUUGAACAUAUACAAACAGACAUUUGGAACCACAUCUAUGAACUUGAUAUGGUCUUCAUCUGGUAACCAUGGAAAUAUAUGGAUGAUGUCAACAGUUGCUGUCUCUUCUACACAAGAGUUUAACUUGAUCUUUGAAGGAGUGUAUGGAGGAAAUUAUACUGGAGACAUAGCUAUUGAUGAUGUCAGCUUCACUAGGUAUGGAUGUGCACAGAUACCACCAUCGACUACUUCAAUGUACCCACCAUCUACAUCCAGAAGUCCAUAUCCACCAACAGCUAUAGAUUGCAACUUUGAAAAUGGUAUAUGUUUAUGGAAUCAAGAUAAAAACGACACAUUUGAUUGGUCAAUGCAUACAGGAUCAACGGUAUCGGCAAAAACAGGACCAAUAUCAGACCACACAUUACAGAAUUCAGCAGGACACUAUGUUUAUAUAGAAGUAUCAGGGAAAGCAGCCAAUAGUACAGCAAGAAUAAUAAGUCCCAAUGUCAACAUCCGAUCAUCUGGUGUGUGUUUGAAGUUCUGGUACAAUAUGUAUGGCGCUAAUGUCAAUAGACUGAAUGUCUACUCGAGAAAUGGUGGUGUGAUGAGUCAAGUGUGGACUCGACUUGGAAACCAAGGUUUAGACUGGAAGUAUGCUCAGGUUCAUGUAACAAAUCAAGGACUUGGUCAACAGCUUGUGUUUGAAGGUGUGGCUGGAACUAGUUACAGUGGGGACAUAGCACUGGAUGAUGUUACAUUCAACACUGGAGAUUGUCCACAGUCAACUGUAUGCGAUUUUGAAGAUGGCCUCUGUGGUUACACACAAGAUAAAAGUGAUCAGUUUGACUGGACUCUAAAUACAGGAAGGACUAAAAGUAAUAGAACUGGACCAAGUGCAGAUCACACUUUCCAGACAAAUGAAGGAACAUAUAUUUACAUUGAGUCAUCUAUACCUAGACAUAAGAAUGACAAAGCUCGAUUAGACUCACCACUUUAUCCACCUACAAGUGGCUCUUGUCUGAAAUUCUGGUACAGCAUGUAUGGCAGAAAUGUAGGAGCACUGAAAAUCUACAUCAGACCAGCUGGUAUCACUACCGUAGGUCGUCCUAUGAGGACAUUUACACAUAACCAUGGACCUGACUGGUUUCCAGCUCAGCUUACAAUCCAGAGUGGUACCCCAUUUAGGAUAACAUUUGAAGGGGUUAUUGGUAAUGGCUAUCAAGGUGACAUUGCUCUGGAUGACAUCAUGCUGCAAAUAGGAAGCUGUCCACCUAAAGGAAGCUGUGACUUUGAACAUGAUACUUGUGAAUGGAAAAACCGUGGAAAUGACAAGUUUGACUGGGAGAGAGUGCAUGGUAAAACUGUUACUUUAAGUACUGGACCUCCAGCUGAUCACACUUUGAACACACAAUAUGGAACUUACCUAUACAUAGAAGCUUCAACACCAAGGAAGCCUGGUGACAAUGCUAUCAUUAGUUCACCAUGGUUUCCUAAUAUUAAUUCAAGCAGAUGUUUAACAUUGUGGUAUAACAUGCAUGGUUCUGGGAUGGGAACACUCAAUGUCUAUAGAUGGCAACCAAGACAACAGAAACAAAAAGUGUUUUCUCUGACAGGAGAACAAGGUACUGCAUGGAAACAAGCCCAGGUGACCAUACCACCCUCAGCUUCUGUUGGAUAUAUUCUUUACAUUGAAGGAGUUGUUGGUCGUAGUUACCUUAGUGAUAUUGCUAUAGAUGAUAUAUCUGUCAUUGACUCUAGCUGUGCAGCUAUACCCCCAACAACAACUGCAUCAUCAUGUGCAUACACCUGUACAGGCGGAAAUCAACAGUGUAUAAGUAGUGACAAACUUUGUGACUUCAACCAAGAUUGUUCUGAUGGUGGAGACGAGACGCAAUGUGGAUAUGAUUGUACAUUUGAAAAUGGUCAGACAUGUCUGUGGACGAACAGCUCCAAGACUUCCUUUACAUGGUUAAAAUUUAGAGGUGCUACUCCAGAUUCCAAUACUGGACCUUCAACAGAUCAUACCACAAAUGGACCAAAUGGAUACUACAUGUAUGUGGAUGCAAGUAAUGGAGGAUUUUACAACCAUGCAUACUUUACCAGUCCCAUGUUAAAACAAUCCGCAAGCACCUGCCAGAUGUCAUUUUGGUAUCAUAUGUAUGGAACUGGGAUUGGAAACUUGUAUGUGUACUCCAAAACAUCAGGAAGCUCAACCAAUACAAGGCUUUGGAACUUGGCUGGAGAUCAAGGCAACCGUUGGAACCAGGCUAUAGUCAGAAUUGGUAGAAUUGAUACAAACUUUCAAAUGAUUAUUGAUGCACGCAGAUCAUUCAGUACACAAGGAGAUAUUGCUAUAGAUGACAUACAGUUCCAGGGCUGUGGACUUCCCGCCAUUAGUACAUCAUGUGAUACAACUCAUACUUUCAAAUGUCAGAGAGGAUCAUGUAUCUCACAGAAUCGUGUUUGUGAUUACACUGAUGACUGUGGUGACAAUACAGAUGAACAGAUCUCAACCUGCAGUGCCUACCCAGGAUGUAACUUUGAAUCUGGUUUAUGCAAAUUCCAACAACUACAGGAUGAUGACUUUGAUUGGACAAAGCGAGCAGGAACCACUCCAACAGUCAAAACUGGUCCAGCAAGAGACCACACACUGAAUACAAACUCUGGACGGUACCUUUAUAUUGAAACAUCUGCACCUAGACAGCCAGGACAAAAGGCACGACUUGCUAGUCAAUUCUUCCAAGCAGUGCCAAACACUCCAUAUUGUACAAUGAGAAUUUAUUAUUUCAUGUUUGGAAAAGACGUAAAUACAUUGGCAAUCUAUACAAGAACUAUCAUAAAUGGAGCACAGUUGCUAAGAUACAGGAGAACAGGAAAUCUAGGAGAAUACUGGGAAAGAAGAGAGAUCACUGUCUCAUCAACAGCACCAUUCCAGUUCAUUAUAGAGGCAACUGUUGGUCAGUCAGCUUAUAGUGAUAUUGCCAUAGAUGAUAUAUCAUUUACAACCAAUUGUAGACCGUACAUGGGAACAAUAUCAACUGUACCUGCAGGCUCUGUGACAACAGUGGCACCAUCUGGUAAAUGUCAGGCAGGACAGUUUCAGUGUACCAAUGGCAAAUGUAUCAAUGCAACUUUAAGAUGUGAUUUCCUCAAUCAGUGUGGGGACAAUUCUGAUGAACUUCAAUGUCAGGAGUGUAACUUCCAAUUUUCAACAUGUGGUUGGGUAGACAAGAGUUCAGGAAGAUAUCAGUGGGACAGACAUAAUGGAUCCACAUCCACUGGUCCAAGGACAGACCACACUUAUGGCAGCUCAUCCAUCGGUAAUUACAUGUAUGUGGAUGCAGGCACUGGACAAUCAUAUGGAAAAGCUGUACUAGUUGCACCACCAUUUGGCAGCCUGAAUUCUUUGUGUCAACUUACUUUCUACUACUACAAGAACACAAAUUCUGCAGGAACACUUCAACUCUUCUUGGUACCUGCAAAUGUUCAAUACAAUGCAAGGGUUGGCAGGAUCAGAGUAUGGUCAGCUUUUGGUAACCAUGGUAACACUUGGAAUAUUGCAACAGUUGGCAUUGGCAGACGACAACCUGGAUACUACCUUGUUUUGGAAGCUGUUCAUUCAGGGAAAACAGUAGAUAUGGCUGUUGAUGACUUCCAUUUUACAAACUGUGGGUUGGGUCCAUCAACGACAUUCUGUACAAGCAAUCAGUUUACAUGUGCAAGAAAAUCUUGUGUCGAUCUAUCCUAUGUAUGUGACUAUUCAGAUGACUGUGGGGACCAAUCGGAUGAAAAGAACUGUACAAAUUAUGUUGAACGUUGUAAUUUUGAAAUGGAUCUUUGUAAUUGGAUUCAAGAUGAUACAGAUAACUUCCAGUGGAGUUAUGGACAAGGGAAAACAUCAACAGCUGGUACAGGUCCAGGAUCUGAUCAUACGUAUGGAAGCACUGCAGGACACUAUGUUUACAUUGAGGCCUCUUCUCCAAGGAUAAUGGGAGAUGUAGCGAGAUUGAAGAGUCCUGUAUUCUCUCCAAGUUCUAAUAAUUGUAAAAUAAGGUUCUAUUAUCAUAUGUAUGGAGCAGAUAUUAAUGCUCUCAACUUGUAUGUAGAAAAUUAUGAGACUGGACCAAGGAGCUUAUUGUGGACAAAGAAUGGUUCUCAAGCUGACAUGUGGAUAAGAGCAGUAGUAUCACUAUCUAGUUCAUCACCAUUUAGAGUUGUAAUAGAAGGGGUCAGAGGUAAAGGUUACAAAGGUGACAUUGGAAUUGAUGAUGUCUCAUUCACUCCAGGAUGUCAGGUGGUUUCAAGGGGAAAACUCCCAUGGGUUGUAACACCACCAGGGCCAUGUGGAAAGGGCAAGUGGCAAUGUAGUAAUAAAAAUUGUAUAGAUUUCAACAAAAUGUGUGACUUUAGGAAUGAUUGUGGUGACAACAGUGAUGAAUCUAUGUGUCCUUCAUCUUGUACAUUCAGCAGUGGCAGCACAUGUUAUUGGGCAAAUAAUAAUCAAGGAAACUGGACAGUGACGAGUAAUGGUAACCCUACACAAAAUACAGGACCAAGCAGUGACCACACUUCUCCUACUACAACAAAUGGAGGAUAUGCAGUAGCAAGAAAAAUAGCCAAUGACACAAGUAAUAUAUUCCGUCUCAAUAGCCCCUUGUAUCAUCAAGCUGGAAAGAUGUGUAACUUCUCUCUGUGGUACAAUAUACAUGGACAUGGAUUUAGACAAUUCCGUAUUAUAAUUCAAUCUGGUGGCUCAGAAAGCACAUUAUAUUCACUUUAUUAUAGUGCUUUGAACAAACAAAAUGGACAAUGGCAACAAGCUCAGGUGGCACUACCUAUUUGUGCCCAACAAUUUCACAUCAUAAUAGAAGCCAUAAGUUAUGGUAAAAGAGCUGGAUAUAUUGCAAUUGAUGAUCUUCAGUUCAGUAACUGUGUAACACCUCAGUCUACAGGAUCUUGUACAGCAAACCAGUACACUUGUCUCAGUGGCAACUGUGUCCCAAUGAACUUAAGAUGUGACCUUCAGAAUGAUUGUUGUGAUGGUUCAGAUGAAAUUACCUCCCUUUGUUCUGGAUACAACCAGUGUUCUUUUGAAUACACAAUGUGUGGCUGGCAGCAGCUGAAAAAUGAUCAGUUUGAUUGGAUAAAAAAGAGAGGCCCUACCUCUUCAUCUGGAACAGGUCCAAGUCAGGAUCAUACAACAGGUUCAAGGUCAGGUUAUUAUCUAUAUAUAGAAUCAUCUAGACCUAGAAAGCAGAACGACACGGCUAGUAUUGGUUUGUACUUGCCAUCACCAGUUGGUCAGUGUUCAAUGAGGUUCUGGUAUCAUAUGUACGGACUGAACAUAGGAUCUCUAAAUGUUUAUCAAAAUACACUAAGUACGGGAAAAUCACAGCUCACUUCUAUAUCCUCACAGCAAGGAAACAAAUGGUUAAGAAGAGAAGUAGUACUAUCAUCUAAUUCGCCAUUCCAGGUCAUCAUUGAGGGCGUUGUUGGAGCAGGUGUAGCAGGUGACAUAGCGAUUGAUGAUAUAAGUUUCACACCAGGGUGUGGUCAACCUAAGUUUGUCACUCCAUCUGUAAAACCAAUGACGACACCACGACCAAAUCUCUGCCAAGCAGGACAGUUCCAGUGUGAUAAUAACAAAUGUAUCAAUAAUGGCCAAGUUUGUAAUUUCUAUAAAGAUUGUGAUGAUGGCAGUGAUGAGAAGAGAUGUCCAACAGACUGUACAUUUGAAGGAGGACAAGGAAAUUGUGGAUUUAAUGAAACUCAAGUAGAUGGUUUUGAUUGGCAAGUUGGAACUGGUGGUGACACUUCAAGACUUGUGGCUCCAGCAGUUGAUGCUACAAAACGAAAUCAAAAUGGUCACUUCCUGUUUAUAAAUGACGGAACUAGUGGUCAUCCAAGUGGCAAAAAAGCUGAAGUGAGGAGUCCAACUUACACAGUAGCUAAUGCAGAUUGUAAAGUGAUGUUUUCAUACUAUGCAUAUGGACAGAGCCUUGGAACACUUUAUCUAUAUGUAGUUGAAGGGACUGUUAAAACACAAUUGUGGAGAUUAUCAAAGUUUGUGCGCAGAACAGAUGACCAGUGGCAUACAAUUACAGUCGGUAUUGGUCACCGUAGCAAACCAUUCAAUCUCCUCUUCACUGACACAGCCACUACAUAUAGUGGAGGUACGGCUCUCGACGACAUAAAGUUUUCAGACUGCAGCAUGCAACCAGCAGUUUCAACUUGCAACACCCAAACACAUUUCUCCUGUGGAAACAAAGCAUGUAUUGGUUUGAAUUACGUUUGUGACUUGACUGACCAUUGUGGAGAUGGCACAGAUGAAGUUAAUUGUGGAACAUACAAGGAAUACAACUUUGAGAUGGGAUUUGGAGACCUGAUACAGAGUAGUAAUGGUGAUGAUGAUUUUGACUGGACACUAUUUUCUGGAGCAACAUCAACUUCAUAUACUGGACCUUUAUGGGAUCAUACAACAGGAACCAGUAAAGGUCAUUAUAUUUACAUGGAGGCUUCUGGGAGAAAAUUCAAUCAGAAAGCUUGGUUAAUAACCAAGCCAUUCUACCGUACAACUGGAAAGGAUUGUAGUAUGAGAUUCUACUCUUACAUGUAUGGACAGUAUGUAAAUACGUUGACGGUUUAUUAUAGAAUCUACAACUCUGGCUCACCAACCAAAGAUCUUUUCACCAGAGCUCAGGAACAGGGAGCAUACUGGGAACGGCAUGAGAUACCACUGAAUGUCAGUCAAAGUUUCCAGAUUAUCAUAGAAGCCAAGGUCGGUGACAGUUACCUUGGUGAUAUUGCCAUUGAUGACUUGACCUUCACACCUGGUUGUCAAUAUGCCCAGGAAGGCUUGCCCAAUCCACCAGCUACCACACCUACACCUUCUCAGGGAGCAAUGACCACACCUGUACCUAAGUGUGAUCCUGAUACACAGUUCCAGUGUCAACAGUCAAACAAGUGUAUACCAAAGUAUAGAGUCUGCAAUUUUCAACAGGACUGCAACGAUGGGUCAGAUGAAUUUAAUUGUGUGGAGGUUUCCUGUGGAUUUGGACUAGAUGAGUUAUGUAACUGGAAUAUCAACUCCUCACUAACUGCUACACCAGAUCAAACCUACAAAUGGAAAAUAGACCAAGGAAUUACCAAAAUCAAAGGUACAGACUUUAGACCAAACAAAGACCAGAGUGGACAGGCUCAAGGAUAUUACUUGUGGGCUGAUAGCUCUCCUGGAUCCUUUAACAGCCAUACAGAGCUGUACACACCAGUAAUAGGUCAGACUGGACCACAGUGUGCUUUAGGAUUGUAUUACUUCAUUCGUGGACCAUCAGUUGGAGGUCUUGAGGUGUAUACCCUCUUCAACAACCAAACAGAUCAUUUAUGGUCUGUUGAGGGUGAUCAUUUUGGUAGAUGGAACCGUGCAAUUGUUUUUAUUGGAGCACGUUCCAAUUUCCAAAUUGUAAUACAGGCAAAACGUGGACGUUCAUUCCAAGGAGAUAUUUCUCUGGACACAUUGCAGUUUAUUAACUGUCCUGCACCAGAACCAUUCAUAGGAGGUUGUCAGACCAGUCAAUUCAAAUGUGCUAAUGGAUACUGUAUAGAUCAGAAUAAUCGCUGUGACUAUGCUGAUGAUUGUGGUGAUCAGAGUGAUGAAUAUGCAGAAACGUGUGAUCAAGUGUACAAAGGAAGGUGUAGUUUUGAGCAUGGUAUUUGUCAGACAUGGUUCAAUGACAUUACGGAUGACUUUGAUUGGAAGCUAUCAUCAGGCUCCACUAGUUCCAAGGGAACAGGUCCAAUUACUGACCACACAACAAGAUCACGACAAGGAACCUACCUUUAUACUGAGAGUUCCUCUCCUAAUAAACCAGGUCAAAUAGCAAGAUUGGCUUCAUUCAUCAUCAAAGGAAGUGUAACCAGCUGUCAGUUGAGAUUUUAUUAUCACAUGUGGGGUCAAGAUAUUGGAUCAUUGGCCAUUAUAAAGAGGUACAAUUAUAACUCUGAUGGAUUUUUAGUGAUAGGAAAUAUAACAGGGAACCAGGGUGACAACUGGAUCCGAGGACAAUAUGAUUUAUUGGCUGAUGCUAUAAAUAUGAAUCAGAACUUUGAGGUCGUCCUUCAAGCACAAAUAGGAAAUGGUUACCAUGGUGAUAUUGCUAUUGAUGAUAUUUCCCUAACACCUGGAUGUGAACAAGCACCUAUAGGAACUGCAUUACCAGGCCAACCCACUAGACCACCAACAACAGUGGGACCAUGUGGAACCAAUAUGCUUACAUGUGACAAUGGAAACUGUUAUUCUGUUGACCAAAAAUGUAACUUCAUUGAUGACUGUGGAGAUGGCACUGAUGAAAGAACCUGUGGAACAACAUGUCAAUUUGAAAGUGGUACCAAUAGUCAAUGUGGAUGGAGAAAUACAAUACGAGACAAUAUAAACUGGAAACUAAAUAGUGGUAAAACACCGACAAGCCGCACAGGACCUAUUACUGAUCAUUCUGUGGGAACUUCUCAAGGUCAUUACAUGUACGUGGAAGCAAGUGGUAGUCGUCUUGGUUACAAAGCCAUUCUAAUGAGCGACAUCUACUACCAGUCAGGACCAUCAUGUCAGAUGACAUUCUGGUACAACAUGAACGGCAGGAAUAUAGGAACACUCAACGUUGUCCUGAAAAACAAUGCAGGACAGAACAAUGUCUUGAAAUCAUUGACAGGAAACCAGGGUCAGGGAUGGAAACAGUUGACGGUUCCAUUACCAAGUUACAACCAUUUCACAAUUUUGUUUGAAGCUGUCCAAGGAAAUGGUUACCUUGGAGAUAUUGCAAUUGAUGACAUACAGUUUAACAGCUGUGCUCCUACUGUUGAAGUUAAGAAUUGUCCAAAUUCACAAUUCCAAUGUGCCAGUAAGACACAGUGUAUAGAUAGAAGAUAUAGAUGUGAUGAAAAGACAGAUUGUAGUGAUUCAUCUGAUGAAGAUGGAUGUACCACACCAGCACAAGGAGACUGUAACUUUAAUACCAAUUUAUGUCAGUGGACUCAAAGCAAGGACGAUUUCUCAGAUUGGAUAUUAGGACAAAGCACACCAAAUCCUAACACAGGGCCUUCUGUGGAUCAUUUAGGAUCAAACAAUGGUCAGUUCCUGUACAUAAACAGUGCCCAGAUGAGAGCAGGUGACACAGCUAAAGUUAAUUCUCCUACAUUCCCACCUAGUCGUGGUGUAUGCUAUGUUAGAAUGUGGUACUACAUGUACGGAUCCUCUACCAUGGGUCCACUGAAUGUUUAUGUCCAGAAUGCAAAUGAAACUAAUACCCAGUUAUGGUGGACAAAGUCAGGAAAUCAAGGACCUUCAUGGCAGUAUAUAAACUUGUUAGUAGGAAGUAGCCAAGCAUUCCAUGUUGUUGUUGAAGGUGUACGAGGUGACGAGGCUCAAUCAGACGUAGCUAUUGAUGAUGUUUCAUUCACACCAGAAUGUGCCACUGGCAAACCAUACCAACCAAUGAACCAUCAAUUCUGUGGACGAGAUACAUUCUACUGUAAGCCUGUGAAUCAGUGUUACCCCAAUGCAUGGAAGUGUGAUUUUGUCAAUGAUUGUCCAGAUGGUAGCGAUGAGUUUGGCUGUCCUACAACACCUGCACCAACAGGUUCAACACUGACACCAGGAAUCACCCCAAAACCAAAAACAUUACCUCCAGUAACAACAAAGCAACCAAAGUCAACAGUAGCACCAACACUAACAUGUAAAAAGACAGAAAUGGCAUGUGGAUCAGGAGAAUGUAUUGCUAGACUUUACAUGUGUGAUGGAGUAAAGGACUGUAAUGAUGGAUCAGAUGAACCAGCUAGUUGUAUAAAGUGUCAUUCUGGUUACUAUUGGUGUAACAAACAGAGAAGUUGUAUCAAUGCUCCACGUUGUGAUUCAGUCAAUGAUUGUGGAGAUUACACAGAUGAGAGUUUAUGUGGACAGCCUGGACAAGGAGUUAAUUGUCCUGUUGGUUUCUGUCUCAACAAAGGAAGUUGUACAGCAAGCAAAACAAAUGGAGCUUCUUGCAAUUGUUCAUCUAGUACUUUUGGAGAUAGAUGUCAAUACCAAUCUAGAGCACAAAGUAACCCAGCUCCUCCUAAGAAAAAUAACGGAACAAAAAUAGGAGUCGGUGUUGCAGUAGGAGUACUAGCCGUGAUUGGUUUAGUUGUUGGUGGAUAUUUCUUUACAAAGAAACGCAAAGAAAAGCAAUUUUCAGAACGUCUAGGAUUUGGACUAUCUAACCCAAGUUAUGAUGGAGAUGGGGAUGGAAGAGAUUUUACAAUGAAUGAAAUGGACUCACCAUUCUCAGAUAAAACUGAUGGAAAUUCCAUAGAAAACCCACUCUACCAAGACCUUUAAAAACUGUGAUAAAGUAAUUGACUGUGAUAGCAUUUACAUUAAGUGCCAUAUCUUAAUAUGCAAUGAUUUGUAAUAGUGCAAUAAUAUGUUGUUAUUUUUGAGCAAUAUUUUGUUACUUCUUAAAUCUGUUAUAAGUAUCACAUGUUAUUUUAUAAAAAUAAAUAUUUAUCGUAUA